AUGGAACUUACAAUGGAGAAUUUAGGGAACCUUCACAGUGUGUCCCAUUCCCAAGCCGGGGAGCUGAUGAGCUCCUCACAUAGCAGGCAGGCCUCCCAUAGGAACCUUGUGUCCCAUGGUCGACCUGCUAUGGUGACAAGCAUGGCUUCCAUCCUGGACGGAGGGGAGUACAGAUCCGAGCAUUCCCUUGCUGGUCCUUUGCACCCAGCCAUGAACAUGUCAUGCGAAUCACCAUCUGGCAUGAGCCUAAGUAGCAGCUACACCACGCUUACCCCUCUUCAGCACCUGCCACCUAUCUCCACGGUGUCUGAUAAAUUCCAUCACCCACAUCACCAUCAUCACCACCAUCACCACCACCAGAGAUUGAGUGGGAACGUAAGCGGGAGCUUCACCUUGAUGAGGGAUGAGAGGGGUUUAACAUCGAUGGGCAACCUCUAUAGUCACUAUCCAAAGGACAUGGCGACCAUGGGGCAACCACUCUCUCCUCUGUCCAACGGCCUAAGCUCGUUGCACAACUCUCAGCAAUCAUUGGGCCCCUACGGACAUGGUGGACAUUUAACCAACGACAAAAUGUUAUCUCCAAACGGCUUCGAUUCCCAUGCUGCCAUGCUUUCCAGAAGCGAGGACCAUCUGUCCAGGAGUUUGGGUGCUCCAGGUCCUGGCAUGAUGCCCACUUUGAACGGAAUCCAUCCACAUGGGCAUCAUCACGCUUCGUCUAAUGGCUCAAUCCUCGGUGACAGGGACAGGCAGGCGUCGACUUCAGUGUCUCAGGCUGGUGGCAAUGGUCAAGUGGAGGAGAUUAACACCAAAGAGGUGGCUCAGAGGAUCACGGCCGAGUUGAAGAGGUACAGCAUACCCCAAGCCAUCUUUGCUCAGAGGAUCUUGUGCAGGUCUCAGGGAACCCUGUCUGAUCUCCUGAGGAAUCCCAAACCUUGGAGUAAGCUUAAGUCUGGACGAGAGACCUUCAGGAGGAUGUGGAAGUGGCUCCAGGAGCCAGAGUUCCAAAGAAUGUCCGCUCUGAGGCUGGCAGCUUGUAAACGUAAAGAACAAGAACAGCAAAAGGACCGUAACCUUCAGCCCAAGAAGCAGAGGUUAGUCUUCACAGACCUUCAACGACGCACCCUUAUAGCAAUCUUUAAGGAAAAUAAGCGUCCUUCCAAGGAAAUGCAGAUCACAAUCUCUCAGCAGCUUGGCCUUGAGCUUAACACGGUCAGUAACUUCUUCAUGAAUGCACGACGACGAUGCAUGAACCGAUGGCAAGAAGAACCAGGGGUCAAUCCUGGCAUACCUUCAGCAUCCACAAGCACUUUCUCUAAAGCAUGACUUUUUCCCAACUCCUUACAUCCUUCAAGAAAUCCCCAGUUUCAGCUGUCAUAAAACUCACACAAAAUAUUGAAAACCAAAUUCAGAUACUAUUAACUUUAUUAUGAAAUAAGGCAAUUUGUUGUAGGCAUUUGAGAGCCUGCAAGAGGAAACCCUCACUGGAGCUGUUUUUUGUUGCUUGAUUGACCAAAGAAAUAUUACUUUGCUGCUUCAUAUAAUUUUGCAUUUUUAAUUUCAAAACCAACAAUUCCAUAAAUAAUGAUGGUUAAACGGUUUUGAUGUUCAAUUAACUGAGCAAAUGUGACUAUGCAGAUGUAUUGCCAACAUAAAAACAUGACUAACAUAAAUAUAUUGACACUG